AUGGAGACGCCAUUGCCGAUUAAUUUACCAAUUGGGCCAAACGAUGAGGACGUCACAAUGCGGGACUCACCCGCGACCGCUGCUGCAGAUCCUAUCCCCAUUGUCAAGGCCGAUACAGAGAAGGAAUGUCCUCCAAGCUCAACACCAUGGCCUCCGUAUACGCCACAGUUUUCAUCUGCGUCGUGGAUCCUUGAUUUUAUGAAAAAUGAUCAAGAGCCAUCACAUUCAAGUUUACCGAAUGGGUCAGAGGCGGCUCCACAAACAGGCGAUGAAAGCAAAGAUGGCUCAAAUGGACAUGAUGGCUCAAGCAUACGCGACACCAUGACGAUGCCCAUAUCGCCGACUCAUCAGCCGUUGGGUAGUGCGGCGAACAUCAUCGCGGCGUCUCAACUUAUUAGGAUGAAGAGGAAGCGAGAGCAGGAUGAAGAAGCCGAUGAUUUCACUCAAAACACAAUGUCGCUUCCCCUACCUGCUCCAACACCAGCGUUAACGCCAUCAGCAACUGAUAUACUGAGAUUUGUGCCAUCAUACACUGAUGCAAGCGAUGUGAUCAAUCGUCGCACAGGGUAUUCUCAAGAGCAGAGCGAGAUGGAGAGACGGCGAGCAAAGAACUUGGCGGCUCUCCCGGAUGACGUCGUUCCAGCCAAAGAAGAACUCGUUGGUUUUUGGCCAGGCCAUGCAUCAGAUGCGGCAUUGACAGAAUACUUUUAUGGAAAGACCAAAACCGAUGUAUUAAAUAUUCUCUCGUUUUGUGAUCAGCUCAAGCCACAAUUGUUGGUCGACAUCAUGGUUUCUGUCGCAAAGAAACACCCCGAUCUGCCCAUAUUUGACUCUCCAGGUUGGAAUGCCAAAGCUCUGAGCGCCGUUUCAGCCAGAGCAAAGCACUCGCAUCAGAGCUCUCGGUCCGCCACGCGGCUGCGACAUGGACACACGGUGAUAGAAUCCAGGGCGAAACACAAACACAAGACUUCUAAAAAGACUAUCAAGAUAGCACCAAUCCCUUUGGAGGAAGAAUCACAGUUGAUGGAUUACGGAGAUUCACUUCCGCCCAUGUGGCCCAAGGCUGGCGAAGGCCUAUAUGCAAAACUUUCUCCAGAGGAUGAAGACCGGGCGUUCUUGUUGGAUGAGAACGACGAGGAGGCGUUCAGUCAUUUCGGGGUGGAUAAAUUUGGCAAGCAGAUUGCGAUUCCUUUUAUCAAACAGUCGUUGUUCAACUUAAUCACUAGCGAGAGAAGGAAUACCAAGCAGCAAUGA